GCAGUGAGCAUUCAGUGUCAAGGUGCUCGAACUGGCGGUCGCUAGCGCUCCAGUGAUAGAAGCUAACAAACUCGAUACGAUUCGAUCUUGCCCAGCAUCUGAGAUCUGGAAUUCACCGAAGAGUUUCGCAUAAGAACGUUUAGCCAAAUCACACAACAGGCAGUUGGGCGCUCCACUUUCGACAGUGAAGACGUCGCUCGAGCGGUUCGCGUUUUUUCGGAUCAUCAAAAAUAAAAAGACAUAAAUCAAACAGCAUUUGUUUCUGAGAAACAAAUCGAUCGUGUGUUUUGUGCGCGUCCUGCCAUCUGAAGUGAAGUUCCGAAAGGGUCAUAAUACCUUACCAAGUACUCCAGUGAUAAAGAAUACAGAAUACAUAGUCUGAAAUGCAUCUGCGGUCAAUGACAAAGAACCGAGGAGUCAGCAUGAUGGCACUGCUGGGCUUAAUGCUGCUUUUGGUGGACACCUCGGUGGUGGCACGCAAGUUGCCCAAGCGGCCGGCGGUGAAACCGUUGAAGACAUUUCCGCGCAACAAUGCCACACCGAUUCCGGCAACGGGAGCGGGAGCGGGAUCGGGAAUUGCGGCGCCGAACGGAAGCGAGCUACCAAAACCGUUGAGCGUUGAGCCAGCGGAAGCGAUUGCCGCAUUGCCACCUGGUUCUUCAGGUGAUUCCUCUGGUGCUUCUGCCGCCGCCCCGGUGCCACCUGCUUUAUCACCUGCUGCUGCUGAUUCUGCUGCUGCUGCUGCUGCUGCGGAGACCAAGGCCGAUGAUCUGGACCCCACUCCCAUGGCAACACCUUCGGGGAGCUCUUCGGUGGACGAGGACUGCGAGCCGGAUAUGAUUGGCUUUGAGCUCAUAACAGGGUACGUGCUAUCGGCGCCAUCGAAGCAAUUGGAAACACUGCCCGGCACCCUCAUGCUGACCGACUGCCUGGAGGCCUGCCAGGCCAAUGAAUCUUGCAGCGCGGUUAAUUACGAGACGGGCCUGUGUGUCAUGUUCCGCAGCACCGCCGAUCAGUUGCCAGGUUCACUUUCCCGCUCCCAGUAUCCCGUCUUCACCGUUUACGCGCAGAAAUCCUGCUUCGGAGUGCGUCCCUGCUCGAAGGCCUGGUGCAUCGAUCGCGUCCAGGGCUACCGACUCCCUGAGCGGGCCAAGGCCAGCCAGAGUGUGGCCACGCGGCGCGACUGCAUCGAGCUCUGUCUGGGCGAAACGGAGUUCACCUGCCGAUCGGCCAACUACUAUGCGCACUCUGGCCUGUGCGAGCUCUCGGACAUGGAUCGCAUUACGCUGUCGGACGAGGCGAACAUCGCGGCCUACGAUGGCGCCGACUAUCUGGAGAACAACUGCGCCGAGGAGCCCAGCAAGCUGUGCGAGUUCAAGCGCGUAGCGGGUCGCAUUCUGAAGACGGUGGACUCGGUGCACCAGAAUGUUCAGACGCUGGACGAGUGCCGCGACCUCUGCCUGACUGCCCCGUUCCGGUGUCAUUCGUACGACUACAACGAGACCGGGGAGCUGGUGUGCCGCCUGUCUCACCACAGCCGGGCCACGCUGACGGAUCUCUCGGAGCCGUACCUGUCCAUCGAGGAGGCAGCCACGUACGAGCAGUCCGCCUGCUACAAUGUCUCCAUCGACUGCCGCUCCGGGGAGAUGGUAACCAAGAUCAGGACGUCCAAGCUGUUCGAUGGCAAGGUGUACGCCAAGGGAGCACCCAAAUCUUGUGCUGUGAAUGUAAACAACUCACUGGAGUUCGACCUCAAGAUGCGGUACAACGACCUGGAAUGCAAUGUGCGUCAGAGCGCGUAUGGCAGGUAUAUGAACGACAUUGUGAUCCAGCACCACGAUAUGAUUGUCACCUCCUCCGAUCUUGGCCUGGCCGUAUCCUGCCAGUAUGAUUUGACCAACAAGACGGUGGUUAACAAUGUGGAUCUUGGUGUGACUGGAGAGAUUGAGUCUACGCUUAGUGAGGAAAUCAUCGUCGAUUCGCCGAACGUCAUCAUGAAGAUCACCGCACGUGAUGGCAGCGACAUGAAGAGGAUCGCCGAGGUUGGGGAUCCGCUGGCUCUGCGAUUCGAGAUCGUCGACGCCAACAGCCCGUACGAGAUCUUUGUGAGGGAACUGGUGGCCAUGGACGGGACGGACAGCGCCGAAAUCACACUGAUCGACGCCAACGGCUGUCCCACGGACCAGUACAUAAUGAGUGCCAUGCAAAAGCUAGCCAACAAUCGCAAGGUGCUGCUCUCACAGUUCGACGCCUUCAAGUUCCCCUCCUCGGAGCUGGUGCAGUUCCGCGCCCUGGUCACGCCCUGCAUACCGCGCUGUGAACCGGUUAUCUGCGACAACGAUGAGAACGGCGAGCUCAAGUCGCUGCUGUCCUACGGUCGUCGCAAGCGAUCGGUGCUCAACGGCACUGAUGGCGUUGAGCUGGCCAUUAAGUCGGAACGCCAAAAACGUGAUGUGAGUCAUCAGGCGGCCGGCGAUGAGAACAUUCUGCUGGUGCAAUCGAUACAAAUCACCGAUAAGUUCGCCUUCAAUGGCGCCGAUGCUCCGGGAGGCAGCGGAUCGGAGGCCGGUGGUCUGGAUGGCCUGGCCAAAUUGCAACUGGACCUGGGCACCAAAUCGGACACUUGCAUAAACGGCUAUGGCUUCAUAAUUGCCGGGGCCCUGUUCCUGCUCCUCCAGCUGACGGUCAUUGCUGUCUGGGACAAUAUGCAGAAGCGAGCGUUACACAAGCGGUAAGAACGUCAACGCCAGUGAAUGGCCUUUUAACAAGCCAGUUGGAGCUGGAGUUGAAAAUGGAGUUGGUGUUGGAUAUGCAGAUGGAGAUGGAGCUCCAAAUGCAGACGGACGAUGGAAGUGCAGACGGAGACAGAGAGCUGCAGGUGGAGAGGCAGAAACUAGCAUGAAAUUCUACUUAGCUCAAAACUUAGCACCGCUCAUAAUCUAGUUAGUAGAUGUACGAUCAAGACAUGGAGAAUGGACGCCCUUUCCCGGACUUUCCGCCAUAGAGCUGGACUCCUCUGUGAAGGGAUCCCCUUAGUAACGAAACGUAGCUUAAUAUUUAUACCUAUACCUAACUAUAUUACCUUUGUAAGUGUGCGCACUUAGGCGCCCCCUCUAUAAGACUUAACAACUAAGACUACUCUGGACACGUCGACAUACUAUCAGCUUAAGACUCGGAACUCGGAAAGUAAAGCUCCUUAGUUGUAGUGCGAACCAUUCAAACCUCUCAAGCGAGCUUCGAACUGACAACCAUUGCUCGUUUAAGAGGUUUGACUGUCUAAUAAUACCUAAACACUUAACUUAACUUAACUUAACUUAAUGCUUAUUAUAUGCUAGGCCCAAUCGAUCACAGACACAGAUACACAAAAAAUGUAACAAGAGACAAAACUUCAGAUGCUAUAAAAGGUAAAUAAACGUAUUAGAAAGAUA